AUGGUGGCCCCCAGGAACACCGCAUUUGCGGAGGAGAGCGCCGAGGUAGAGGUGCUGUACGCCAACCUCGAGAAGCUCAACCGCCUCACCAAGAAGAUCCAGGGCUCCCUGGUGCGCUUGGAAACCAGCGGAAAGGUUGUGAAAGAGGCUAUUGGUCCUAUUUACAGCAAUACCCAAUCACUGCAGAUUACCAACAGCAACAUUGACAAGGUCAACGAUGCCAUUGACCGUCUGCGCCAGCCUCUCGAUGCGAAAAGCCGCGAAGAGGGCAUCAUCCGCGCAGGACCAAAGAUCUCUGGUCUGUCGCAGUAUCUGUCGGCGAUGAAACGUGUUGAGAAAGCGCUGGUCGACCUCAACACGACGAACCUUCGGUCGAACCAGAAAGCAAUGUCCGACUUUAACGCCCUCAUCAGUACAGGAAGCAACAUGUUACAAGAUACUUUCAAAUCCGAAUUAUCGCAGCAUGUCACACCUAUCGAGCCGCUACACUAUCUGACAAAAGAACUACCCUUCCCUUCCCUGCCCGAAGAAACUAUCUCACAACUGGCACAGCUGUGCUCGGCAAUUGGGUCAGCAGCGAUUCAUGGGCCUCAGCGAGGAAAAGGCGAGAGUCCUGCACUCAAGAUAUACUCAGACGUACGCGGGCCGUAUCUCACCGCUAGCCUCCAGAACCUGUCGAUCGCAUCGCUCAACACCGUCAAGCGACGCCCGACAGAUGGCCCUUACAAACAAGGUACGAAUGGAAUUGGGAUUUAUUCGAAUGCCCUGGAGGGUUUCAUUGUCGCGGAGCAUGGGAUUAUCGUGCAGAUCUUCACCGGGGAUCAACAAGGCCUUGUUCUCCAAGCCACCUUCCUCUCGGCAAUGGGGGAGUACUCAAAGACUCUACGUGAGCUGAACCAAUACAUCAAGGCCAACUUGAUGACGGAUUGCUUCUUGGCAUUUGAGAUUAUUGAAAUUGUGACUGCAAUGUCUUAUCGCAUUGAUUCCAAGACGGCGGAGCUCAAGAGUCUAUUGAUUGAGGCUCUACGACCAGUUCGUGAAACUGCCAAGUCAUCGCUUUCGGAGCUUCUAGAAGAAACCAAGCGCAAAGCUGCCACUGCCCCUCUACCCCCAGACGGCGGCUCUAUACCUCUUGUUGACGAGGUGAUGAGCUCCUUGUCUACUCUGACCGGAUACUCGGGGCCUCUUGCAUCUAUCUUGACAUCACUUGGAGAUGGCAAUUGGCGCUCCAAUUCGAACACUGCGGGCACGGCUCCUCUAGAUGUUGGCCCCGACAGUGGCACCUUGUUCUCUCACUUCAUUCUGGACAUGAUCGAGGCUCUGAUGAACGCAUUAGAAUAUCGCGGCCGAGGAUUCCACCGAUCAAAGGCUGCGCUUGGUGUAUUCUUGUCCAACGUGUUCUGCAUCGUUGAUCGAUCUAUCCGACAAAGUCCCGAGCUAGCACGUUAUCUCGGUGCACCAGAUAGCAUCGCCCGAAUUGACAGCUUCCGCAAACGUGCGACAUCGACAUAUCUCGAUGCGUGGAAGGAUACGUCACAGUGUCUGUUGGAUGUGCAGUACACUUCCCGAACCGGCGCACGGCCCAGCUCCGGGGGCGCGGUGGAUUCCAGCGCAAUUGUCAAGAAUCUCUCGUCUCGCGACCGGGAUGCCAUUAAGGAAAAAUUCAAGACGUUCAAUGCGAGCUUCGAUGAGAUGGUGUCUCGGCACAAGAACCUUCAUAUGGAGCGAGAGGUACGGUCUGUCCUGGGCCGAGAGCUGCAGGCUGUUCUGGAGCCGCUCUAUGCUCGCUUUUACGAUCGUUAUGUUGAGAUCGACAAGGGUCGUGGCAAGUACAUCAAGUACGACAAAGCCAGUCUUGCAGUGCAAUUGGCGCAGCUGUCUUAG